UCAUCCAUGGCAAUGCGAUUAGAUAGUUUUUCUACUUCGGAUCGUGUGCCCUUUUAUUAGGUUUCCUUUAUGUGACUGGUAGUGCUAGGUUCAUUUCGAGCUCAUGCGCAUAUAUGCCCCAUGCUAACAAUAAUUCCAAUCAAGAUUCAAGUUGUCCACCCACUAGCGCCGUUAACCCUUUGUUUGUUUUGUUUGCUUCACUACUCCUCGAUCAUGUAGGAAAAGAUCUCCUAGCAGCUAGCCAGCUACAGCCUACAGCAAGAGAUCGGCGCGUUGAUUGCUUGGAUCGACCGACCGGCCGGGGUGGUCGCCAUGGGACGCGGGAAGAUCGAGAUCAAGCGGAUCGAGAACUCGACGAACCGGCAGGUCACCUUCUCCAAGCGCCGGGGCGGGCUGCUCAAGAAGGCCAACGAGCUCGCCGUGCUGUGCGACGCGCGCGUCGGCGUCGUCAUCUUCUCCAGCACCGGCAAGAUGUUCGAGUACUGCAGCCCUGCCUGCAGCUUGAGGGAGCUUAUUGAGCAGUAUCAGCAUGCUACCAACAGCCACUUCGAGGAGAUAAACCAUGAUCAGCAAAUACUGCUGGAGAUGACAAGGAUGAAGAACGAGAUGGAGAAGCUGGAGACGGGCAUCAGGAGGUACACCGGCGACGACCUCUCCUCCCUCACCCUCGACGACGUCAGCGACCUCGAGCAGCAACUCGAGUACUCCGUCUCCAAAGUCCGUGCAAGGAAGCAUCAGCUCCUGAACCAACAGCUUGACAACCUACGUCGCAAGGAACAAAUCUUGGAAGACCAGAACACCUUCCUGUACCGCAUGAUCAACGAGAACCAGCAGGCCGCGUUGACCGGCGAGGUGAAGCUGGGGGAGAUGGCGCCGCUGGCGAUGCUGCAGCCACCGCCGGCGUUCGCGCACUCGGCCACCGCCUACUACGGCGGGGAGUCGUCGUCGUCGGGCACGGCGCUGCAGCUGAUGUCGGCGGCGCCGCAGCUGCACGCCGACGACCUCGGGUUCCGGCUACAGCCGACGCAGCCCAACCUGCAGGACCCGGCGGCGCCGUGCGGCGGCCUCCAUGGCCACGGCCUGCAGCUGUGGUAAGCUAGCCCCAGCCAGACAUGUGCACACAUCUGAUCUCACUCAUCAGAUUAACUGCGAUCAAUUGGGAGGACUGUCACAUGCUCUGCAUCGAAGAGGGACUAUUGGAGCACACACGCAGUUUCAUGGUCGCAAAGCCCGUCAUGCAUAAUUUCGAUCAUAUGUUAGUUUGUCAUCUGAAUAGUUUUAUAUAUGCAUGCAAUGCAAUCAAUUCUCUGGAUAAUAAUUCAACUAUUGUUAUGUAUCUAAUUAAGAUAGGUUCGUAGACUACUCCUCUCCAUCAUCAUAUCCGCGUGCAAUUGUGGUAACAAUAGCUAAGCACUAAUCUAGUAUUUAAUCACAUCAUACUAUUUGCGGAUAUAUAAGCUUAAUCA